AUGAGUGUUCGUAGGAGUGCGCUGCGGAGGCAGUUGCAGCGCCUGUUUGCGUACAACCACUGGGCAAAUACCAAGAUCCUGCACUGCAUGGCGCAGGUGAAAGCGGAGGAUGACCACAGCGACAGCCUUUGCAUGCGGUCCAUGCAUGGAACGCUCUCGCACAUCAUCCUCGGCUCAAGGCUGUGGUUCCUGCGAAUGACAGGUGGCGAUGUUUCCAAGUACAAUCACCUAUGGAAGACUCCCUACGCCGCACCAGGCGACACCUCAUCACCGUGGGAGACGGUGUUUGAUCCAGCAGAUCUUGCCAAGGAGCUGCAGCACGAACACGACUCGUGGGUUGGCUUGAUCGAGUCCCUGUCUGAUGAUGAGCUGGAGCAGUCGUUCUCCUACCAGGACACAAAGGGCAACUCCUAUUCAUCCGUUCGCUCUGAUAUCAUGGUCCACAUUGUCAACCACAGCACCCACCACCGCGGCCAGAUAUCCCCUCUUUUCCUCUCCACGGAAAGUUACUGGAAGCUAUAA